AUGGCGGAGUGGCAGGUAGACCUGGCGGUGGCCUGCGAGCCCUAUUUCGUCCCUCCCCUGCCUCACUGGCUGGGGGACUCGGACGACACCGUGGCGGUCCUCACGAGGAGCGGAACGGGCCCUCCCCUCUCACUCAUCGAGAGGGGCUCGGGCUACGUAGUGGUGGGGUGGGGGGAGUACGUCGUCGUCGGUACGUACUUCUCCCCUAACCGCAGCCUGGCUGAGUUCGAGACUUAUCUCGGCUUAGUCAGAGCUGCGGUGGCCAGGCAGUCGCCGAAACCGAUAAUGGUUCUCGGCGACUUAAACGCGAAGUCGCGUGCCUGGGGCAACCCCGCCACGAAUCCGCGAGGGAGGGCCGUCCAGGUGUGGGCCCUGCUCUCCGACCUGUCCCUUCUCAACAGGGGGCAGGUUCACACCUGCGUGCGACAUCAGGGGGGCUCCGUGGUGGACGUUUCGUUCGCCACCCCUGUCGUAGCACGCAGAGUGGUCGAUUGGAGAGUGGAGGAAGAGGUGGAGACUCUAUCGGAUCACCGAACUUGUGGAUUAGAAGUUGUUCUGAAAUGA